AUGGCAGAAAACAAGGAGAACAUGGGUGCUGUUACGCAUCAGGUCAGCAACCACGACGAUGAGGUCCACAAGUCCGCACAUGUCGUUGAGGCCAAUGUUGCAUCUGUCGCUCUUGCUGCUGCUCUUGAAGCACAGAAGCCCAGGCUGUUUUCGCGAAGCAUGAUUCAACUUUACGGGAUCAUGGGAAUUGGUUAUCUCGUCUCAACCCUGAACGGAUUCGAUUCCUCCCUCAUGGGCGCCAUCAACGCUAUGAAGUCCUACCAGAACACAUUUGGCCUGACUGGCGAAGGCUCGUCUGCCGGUAUCAUCUUCAUCAUUUACAAUCUUGGUCAAAUUGCUGCUUUCCCAUUCUGUGGACUUCUCGCCGAUGGUUACGGUCGUCGUAUCUGUAUUUUCGUUGGUUGUGCGCUGGUUCUUGUUGGAACCGCUAUCCAAACAUCGGCACAUGGCAUGGGUCAGUUCAUCGGAGGCCGCUUCAUCUUGGGUUUCGGUGCUUCGAUCGCUUCUGCAGCAGGUCCAGCCUACACUGUUGAGCUUGCACAUCCAGCAUACCGUGGAACCAUGGCCGGCAUGUACAACAACUUCUGGUGGCUAGGCAACAUUCUUGCUGGCUGGACUACGUAUGGCACCAACCUUCACAUGUCCGAAUCAUCCUGGGCAUGGCGCCUUCCCACUCUUGUUCAAUGCAUUCUUCCAGGCAUUGUCAUGGCAUGCGUAAUGUUCUUCCCAGAAACCCCUCGUUGGUUGCUUGCGCAUGACCGUCGCGAAGAAGCCAUUGCUAUCAUGGCCAAGUAUCACGGCGAGGGAGAUGCCAACUCGCCUCUUGUCCAGCUUCAAUUGCAACAAAUUACUGACGACUUUGCUCAAUCACGCGACGAGAACCCAUGGUGGGACUUCAGCGAGCUUGUCAACACCAGGGCUGCCAGAUAUCGAUUGGCCAUGGUCAUCGCGAUGGCGUUCUUCGGACAAUGGAGUGGCAACAAUGUGGUGUCUUACUUCAUGCCAAUCAUGGUCAAACAAGCCGGUAUUCUCGACCCGAAUAAGCAGCUUCUCAUCAACGCGAUCAACCCCAUCUUCUCCAUGAUUGCAGCCGUCUACGGAGCCACACUCCUCGACAAGCUUGGUCGUCGCAAGAUGUUGAUGGGAGGUCUCCUUGGAGGACUCAUCGCCUACAUCUUUCUCACCGCUUUCACUGCCACCGCAACGCCCUCGAACAACCUCUCGUACGGUGUUAUCGUGUCGAUCUACCUCUUCGGUAUUUUCUUCGCCUGGGGCUGGACGCCACUACAGACGCUUUACUCGGUGGAGUGCUUGGAGAACCGCACACGUGCAAAGGGUUCUGGUCUGAACUUCCUCUUCCUGAACGUGGCCAUGGUCGUCAAUACCUACGGAAUCUCUGUCGGUAUGGAGGCAAUUGGCUGGAAACUAUACAUUGUCUACAUCGGUUGGAUUUGCGUCGAGCUUGUCACCAUCUACUUUUUCUUCGUCGAGACAGCUGGCAAGACUCUUGAGGACUUGAAGGAGAUUUUCGAAGCCCCCAACCCACGCAAGGAAUCGACUAAGCGCGCGAAGGUUCAGAUGACCGAGAACGGUCAGGUGCUGAAUGUAGAUACUGCUUAA